AAUUACAGAAAUAAUGAUUAGUGAAAAAAAGACAAAACUAAUAAAAAAAGCAUUUCAUGACUAUACAAACGAAGUAAUAAAAAAAGAAUAUGUCAUAGUAAUUUCAACAAAUACAUCAUAUUAUCUUUAACAAAAAUUAAACGGAUUAUUAAUACUAUUAUUUGAUGACGUAUGCAUUUUUAUUUACAAACCUAAAAAUAUUGAAGUUCCUAAGAUACCAUAAUUAGAACUUCUUUAAAAGGAAGAAUUUGAAUAAAAAAAAUAUGAACAUUUAAGAAACAAAACAAAGAUUUUAAUUUCUAAAGGAUUUGAAACCCCAAAAUAAAUAGAUUGCAUGGAAAAAAUACUUGAAUUUAUAUGUCUUUAUCAUUUGAAAUAUUAAGAAAAAUAUGGAGUUCCAAAAAGCAAUUUCGAAUAAGAUUUUUUAAUAAAACUAAAAAAUAUGAUUUCCAUAAAUAGCAAUACAUAGUUUCUCCAUAUUUUUAUGGGAAGAAAAACUGAAUAUUUAAUAGAAUAAGAUUUUUAUUAUAAUAAAUUUUUAGAACUUGAAAUUGAUUUUUAGGGAUUAAUUCCUCGUUUUAAUGCUCCGUAUAGAAUAGUUAUUUUUAAUAAAAAAGGAUCAGAAUUUUCAUUAUUUGAGUAUUUUUUUUUAUGUAAAUUAAAAGUAUAUAAAUUAAUAGAUUGCUCAAAGUCAAAAUAAGAGAAUUAUUUGCUUUUCUUGCUAUGAUAGUAUUAUUUGUUUCUAUAGUAGUAUGUAAAGAUAAUAUAAAUGAGAAUAAUUAUGAACCACAUCCCAUAAGAGAUUUAUUGUGUCCUUAUAAGCAAGAAUUUAUGAUGGGCUCAUUAGGUGUAUUUUUUACAAUAAUGUUUUCGAAAAUGCUUAAAAAAUACAAAGAAAGGAAUGAAAAGAAAAGGGAAAUAUAAAAAAAAUUCCAAAUAGAAACCGUAAAAUGAAAAUAUUGUUAUAAGUAAAAAUAGUUGUUUUUUAAUAAAAUUAAAAAAAUAAAAAAUUAUAAUUUUUUUCGGAAA